AGGGUCGGUGCAGACAUGAUGGGCCGAACAGCCUCUUUCUGCACCGUUGGGAUUCAACAAUUCUUUGAAUCUACCCGAGUUCCAAAGAGCUGUAUCCGGAGUUUGCUGACUGUUCGAGCGACCCGGCUCCCCCAGUGCGUUCUGGUGGCCCCUGUCCUAUCUCGGAGUCUCGCCGCUGAGGCCAAGAAGACCUACCAGAGAGAGAAACCUCACAUGAAUAUCGGCACCAUCGGCCAUGUGGACCAUGGGAAAACUACACUGACGGCAGCCAUCACCAAAGUUCUAGCUGAGGCCGGAGGUGCCAAAUUUAAGAAGUACGAGGACAUCGACAACGCCCCCGAGGAAAAAGCCCGGGGGAUCACCAUCAACGCGUCUCACGUGGAGUACACCACGCCGAACCGACACUACGCUCACACUGACUGCCCAGGGCACGCCGACUACGUCAAGAACAUGAUCACGGGCACGGCUCAGCUGGAUGGCUGUAUUCUGGUUGUGGCAGCAACAGAUGGUCAGAUGCCGCAGACCCGGGAGCACUUGCUGCUGGCCAAGCAGGUGACUGUUUCAUCAUGGGACGUGGCCAUCGCCGGCAAGCGCAGCGCGGAAAUGCUUGACCUGGUUGAGCUGGAAAUGCGAGAGCUGUUGUCAGAGUUUGGUUACGACGGAGAGAAUACACCUAUCAUCCAGGGCUCAGCCCUGUGUGCCCUGGAGGAAAUGCUUGACCUGGUUGAGCUGGAAAUGCGAGAGCUGUUGUCAGAGUUUGGUUACGACGGAGAGAAUACACCUAUCAUCCAGGGCUCAGCCCUGUGUGCCCUGGAGAAUCGGAACUUGGAGAUGGGACGGGAUUCCAUCAUGAAGCUGCUGGAUGCUGUGGACACCUAUAUCCCCCUCCCAGACCGGGACCUGCAGCAUCCGUUCCUGCUGCCCAUUGAGCAGAUUUAUUCCAUUCCAGGUCGUGGCACAGUGGUGACUGGCACACUGGAGCGAGGGGUCAUUAAGAAGGGUGAUGACUGUGAAUUUAUUGGGCACAACAAGAGCCUACGUUCAGUCGUUACAGGCAUCGAGAUGUUCCACCAGAACCUGGAGCGAGCAGAAGCCGGGGACAACCUCGGAGCCCUGGUUCGGGGCCUGAAACGCGAAGAUGUGAGGCGCGGGAUGAUACUGUGCAAGCCGGGCUCCAUCAAACCGCACCGUAAGGUGGAAGCUCAGGUUUACGUGUUGAGCAAAGAGGAAGGAGGCCGUCAUAAGCCAUUUGUGACAAACUUUAUGCCGGUGAUGUUCUCGCUGACCUGGGACAUGGCCUGCAGGGUGCAGCUCCCAAAGGAGAAGGUAAGGCACUCGUCGCGCGGCUCUCCCCUCCCCUACCCCGCAGCACUCGCACCGCCUGGGACUGCCU